AUCAUUGUGGUGCUCUUCCAUAUCUUUUGCUUAAAACUGGUGUUAGAGCUAAAUGCUAUAUGACUCACGCUUCUAAGGCAAUUUAUCGGUACUUGUUAGCCGAUUAUGUUCGUAUAAGCAAUUGCGGUGUUUCCGCCGAACAUUCUUUGUAUACGGAACGCGACAUCGUCACUAGUUUAGAAUGGAUUGAUACAAUUGAUUUCCACCAAGAAUUGGAAGUGAAUGGAAUCAAGUUUUCAGCUUACCAUGCUGGUCAUGUAUUAGGUGCUGCCAUGUUUCUUAUUGAGAUAGCUGGUGUCAAGGUUUUAUAUACGGGCGACUUUAGUCGACAAGAAGACAGACAUCUAAUGUGUGCAGAAGUUCCUCCUAUUCGACCGGAUGUACUUAUCACAGAAUCUACUUACGGCAUUCAUAUUCAUGACAAAAGAGAAGACAGGGAGGCGCGGUUCACUCAACUCGUUCAUGAUAUUGUAACUAGAGGUGGUCGGUGUCUUAUUCCUGCAUUUGCCUUGGGUCGUGCGCAAGAGCUAAUGCUGAUUUUGGAUGAAUAUUGGUCUAAUCACCCUGAGCUUCAUGACAUUCCUAUUUACUACGCUAGUCAACUCGCCAGAAAGUGUAUGGCAGUUUAUCAAACAUAUAUUAAUGCAAUGAAUGCCAAAAUUCGAAACCAAUUAGUCAAUAAUAAUCCAUUCUGCUUUCGAUAUAUUUCGAACUUGAAGGUAAAUUAA